AGAAAGAUAUCACAGGAUCAUUCAUCAUCUGUGUCAUCGACCUCUCUGAGAGCCUCUAUCGACAACGACGGUCCGCGGAUAUCUCCGAGCAAUGAUAGAGACGGACGUCGGAAUGGUGAAACUGUUAAUUGCGCAAUGACUCAGAACCAGAGUUGUCUCCAUCAUCGAUCGACCAGUGGGACUUCCGAAUUGUCGACAGCAAGCUGUUCCAGCAUGAGCAAACCAAGUUCACAAUAUGUCCAUCCAAUGCGCCAGGCCCCUCGCACGUAUACAAUGCCAUUAAAUCAGUCCUCCCAGAUGUCUACGACGGAGAGCAACGACGCAGCCACUGGAGACCAUGUCGAGGAAGAACUCGAGGCACAAUGGGGAUCAGAAAGCUUACAUCAAUCCAUGCGUGGUUCAUCGGGACAAACACCGCGUUUAUCAUUACAGACCCAAGAAGAUCCUUUCAUAAAGCUCCAUGGUACCUCACAAACAAACCUUACCGGCCGUCCAUCCCUUGGCUAUUCCAGGGACACUGGGAGUAUCCUGGAUGCUGCUUCUCCUAUUUCAAGGUCGUCUUUAGAUUUCUCCUUUCGAUCUAGGACGAGGACGAGUAUGGAUCCUAUAUCUCGCGCAGCCACAGUACAGGCGGCGCGGCAAGCAUUUGAAGAGAAGGAGGCGGCCAAAGCGCGCAAAUUAGAAGAACAGCAGUUGAGGGCCGAGGCAAGACAAAUGAGACGGAAAGAAAAACAACCUUGGAGAGUUUCUCUAAGGCAGGAUGAAUGUCGGGAACAACCAUGGCAGAAGGAACCUUCUGAAGUCCACGGCGAUUCUGCUCCUUCUCGGCCUGGAUCGCAACAGGGGCCGGCACCGGCAACAUGGAAGCCCCAGCCCAAGAACCGAUGGAUGCAUUUCUUGACGUGGCUACGAACCCGACUGUUCAAGAUAAGAAGAAGAAUCAAUGUCUUA